AUGAAGACGAUUCGUGUCGUACCUGUGGUGACGUCUGCGAUACGGCUCUUUCAUGGUGGUAGUGUUAGACAACGUCAGCCGCGACGCACAACGUAUCACGCUGUGAGUUGCGCCAAAUCAGGGAAAGAGCGGUUUGAUUUGGCGGAGGCACUACGUCGUGAUAGAGAGACUGCACAACGUAAUAGAACUCUUCCAUGGCGUACGCGUAUUGGUAUGAUUAAGGACUAUCCAUGGAAGUUUUUUUUAGCCUUCAUGCUAAUAUGGUCAUGGGCUGGAACUUAUGCCGUUCCCUACAUGAAAAAAAUGAAACGGGGUGAUGUCACAUCUCUUAGUGAUGACUGGCGCCAUUCGCAACAACGUAAAUAA